CUGUGGAGACCUAACACUACGUUGGAGCGGUCUACUGGACCACAAGGCAGAACCACACUCACUGUUGGGUUCAGUACAGACCAGCACUCACACAACUACAGAGUCUCACUACUGUGCUCCAACAACAGACAAUGGCAGGACACAGACAUGACCAACCAAACGUUGCUGAAUGUAGAGUUUGACCUGGAGAAUUGGCCCCGGACCUGCUGCCAUUUUGAUGUGGAGAUCCAGCCGUUUUUUAGCCGUUGCAACAACGACUGUGUACGAAGAAGGAAAACGUUUAACAUAUGUGGGACCCCUCCAACUGUGUUACCUGGAGAUUCUGCAUCUCCUAAAAUCUACACAGCCGUAGCUGCCGUGGUGUUGCUGCUGGUCGCUGGACUGGUCUGUUGUCUUGUCUAUCAACUACGGAGACGGAGAAAGAAAGUCCCACCAGGCCCCUAUCCCCCAGCUGUAGAGCCAGAGGCCCAGACUCCUCAUCUCCCCAGGGUUCCUCCCAGGGUGUUGGUGAUCUACUCUCAGGACCAUCCUCUCUACAGGAAUAUAGUCCUGAAGCUCUGUGCCUUCCUCCAGGCCAAGUGUGGAACUGAGGUGGUGUUGGACCUUCUAGACACAGCCUGGCUGGGCACUGUGGGGAGACUACCCUGGCUGGAGUGGCAGAGACAACAGAUCAACAAAUCAUCAGACAAGAUCCUGGUCCUCUGUUCUCGUGGCGUCCAGGCCAAGUGGAGGGCGAUGUGUGGCCAGAGUCGUGUGACGUUAAGAGAGGACCUCCGGUCGCCCAUCGACGACAUGCUGACCCCGGCCCUCAACCUCUUCCUGCCCGACAUGCAGCAGGCCGCCGCGCUGGGGAAAUACAUGGUGGCCUACUUUGACGAUGUCGGCAGCGAGCGUGACGUGCCGUCUGUCUUCGACAUCGCUGUGAAGUACAAGCUGAUGAAACACUUUGAGGAGCUCUGCUUUAGGAUCCUGGACCAGGAGAAGUACGCACCAGGACAGGUCAGCCACAUCGAGGGGAUCGGAGUGGAAGAGUACUUCACAUGUCCAUCGGGGAUGGAUCUGCGUGACGCCAUCGAAGCCUUCCAGGUGUUCCAGCUAGAAAACCCAGACUGGUUUGAACAGGAGUGUGUUGACAUCAACGCAGAGGAGGAAGUGGUCGCAGUAACAGAGUAUGAUGCUCUACUGGAACAGCCAGUCGCUCCUGUUCUAGAGUUUGUUCCAGAAUACAGGAAGGGGCCUCCUGUUCUAGAGUUUGUUCCAGAAUACAGGAUGGGGCCUCCUGUUCUAGAGUUUGUUCCAGAAUACAGGAAGGGGCCUCCUGUUCUAGAGUUUGUUCCAGAAUACAGCAAGGGACCUCCUGUUCUACAGUGUGUUCCAGAAUACAGCAAGGGGCCUCCUGUUCUAGAGUUUGUUCCAGAAUACAGCAAGGGGCCUCCUGUUCUAGAGUUUGUUCCAGAAUACAGGAAGGGGCCUCCUGUUCUAGAGUUUGUUCCAGAAUACAGGAAGGGACCUCCUGUUCUACAGUGUGUUCCAGAAUACAGCAAGGGGCCUCCUGUUCUAGAGUUUGUUCCAGAAUACAGGAAGGGGCCUCCUGUUCUAGAGUUUGUUCCAGAAUACAGCAAGGGACCUCCUGUUCUACAGUGUGUUCCAGAAUACAGCAAGGGGCCUCCUGUUCUAGAGUUUGUUCCAGAAUACAGGAAGGGGCCUCCUGUUCUAGAGUUUGUUCCAGAAUACAGCAAGGGACCUCCUGUUCUACAGUGUGUUCCAGAAUACAGGAAGGGGCCUCCUGUUCUACAGUGUGUUCCAGAAUACAGCAAGGGGCCUCCUGUUCUACAGUGUGUUCCAGAAUACAGGAAGGGGCCUCCAAUCCCCAGCUAUGAUGUAGAGAUCAAUGGAAACAGCCAGGGAGUCCAGGUCUUGACUCCUGAAGUGAAACUGGAAGGUAAUGGGACGUCUGUGCUGGAUCUUCUUCCAUGGGUCAGCUCUGACAGCCACCAGGUGUACCCGUCAUACCCGGUCGUUGAGGCCCCACCUGGGGUACUUAUCUCUGAUCUGCACCCGCAUGCCCUGGAGAGUCAACCCUGGGGGUUGUCAGAUCUUCUCCUGAGUGAGCCACCCUCGGCCAGAGAGAACUGUCUCCACCUACAGGAGAGGUGGGGAACAGCAGACCGCUGCCCUCUAGAGAACGAGGAAGAGGAGGAGGCAUACAGUCCUUCUCGUCAACCCUCUGCUGACACCCUGGAACAACUCAUGUCUCUCCAGCUGUCACUCUGUGGUCUCAGUGCUAUCCCAGAAAUCACCUCUGUGUCCACAGAGCACGGCUACCUAUCACAACAGCAUGGAGAGAUGGACCUAUCACUUCCUGUCAAGAUGGGCCAAUCACAACUGUCUUUCAGCUCCAUCCAGGUUACCCCACCUGUACCGAUGGACAGUCAGAUUCAGUACCUCCCUCCCCUGCCAGAGAUAACCCACUCCCAGCCGGUAGAGAUGGAGGAGGGUGGGGAGGUGAUGAAUCCUGCUGCCCAGGAGAAGAGACCCGUCAGUGGGUCAGACCUGGGCUAUAUCUCCAGGAGCUCCUUCCAGCAGGACUCUUCUGUACACUACCCUGUAGGAGAGGCCAGCGACAAUCCACUGGUGGCACUGGCCAGGUUACAACAGGCUCUCUACCUAAACAAUUAAAUACUCUGGCUUCUGCAAUAAAAUGCAGAGAGAACGUUCUAGAAAACGGGUGUUCAUCAUAUACUCUGGAUCAUAAACACUUUAGUUGUUCAACAUUGUCUUUCAUAUUAUUAUAACACUAUUGUCUAUAAACGUUUUUCUGAUUUCCUGUUUGAAAUGAUGCACAAACCUGGAGUCAAUGAAUCAGCCAAUGGGUUUGUACAGCAUCAUCCAUAUAUUUAGUUCUGACAUCACUUCCUUAUAUCAGGUUGUACAGGACAAUAAAAGUGAUCAUGUCCAUAUUUCAGAUAUACACAACAUUCUACACGUAGAAUUUGCUUUCUGUAAACAAUAACCAGUUUCUGUUUUCCUGUACACUAUUUGGGAAUCAAGAUUUUUGUCCCAUAUGGCACCCUACUCCCUACAUAGUGCACUACUUUCGACCAGAGCCCAUA